GUGAAUUGGCUUCCUAAAAACACAGUCAAUAUAGGAAUUCCCAGUGGUCCAGUGGUUAGGGCUUGGCGAUUUCACUGCUGGGGCCGGGUGUGGAGAGUGGUGGUGGAAAUCAGUAUAUUCCAAAAUAAGGGUCCUGAUCAUUUGCAGGUUGGGGUUAUGCCCAGCUCUGCUUUCUGCUCUAGUUGUUUACUGUAUCAGAUAAGAAUGUUGAAGUCAGUGUCCAAACAGGUUUGGGACUGAAUCCUGCUCUACUACUUUCUGGUUGUGUGCCCUUGGGAAAGUUUCUUAAUGUCUAUUUUGUUCACCUACAGCAUGCUGGUAUCUGUUUAUACACUUCAGAGGGCUAAGAAUUAAAUGAGACACGUAUAAGGAUUUCUGAUCCCUAACCUGACUGUGACCAUUGUGAUGGAACAAGAGCAAAAACUGUUGGUCUCAGAUUCUAAUGGCUUCACAGAGAGGGAGAGUUUGAAAAGCACUUUUACAGGAGAUGAAAGUAAGAAUAAUUUGGAAACUGUUCAACACAGUAACUCUAAGGCAGAUAAAGAGAGAGCCUCAAAAUGGUCUAAAAGUGAUGGCCCACAAAAUUGUAAGCAUGAGGACACACAAAAAAUGCCAUUGACAUGGUCCCAGGGACGUGAAACUGAGUGUGAUGAUUCCUGUGAGAAUGAUGGCAACUUGGAGAAUCAGGGAAAUUCUACAGGAAAAGAGGAGGAAAAACCCAAUCACUGGGGAUGGGACCCAGGACAGCAUACCAGUGCUGCCGUCCAGCAGAAUUCAUCCUUCGGGGACAAACCCUACAAAUGUUCUGAAUGUUGGAAAAGCUUCAAUAAUAGUUCUCACCUUCGAACUCACCAAAGGACCCACUCAGGAGAAAAACCUUAUAAAUGUUCUGAGUGUGGGAAAUGCUUCAGUAACAGCUCUCACCUGAUUCAGCAUCUGAGAACACACACAGGCGAGAAGCCCUACCAGUGUGGCGAAUGUGGGAAAAGCUUCAGCAACACCUCCCAUCUUAUUAUCCAUGAAAGAACUCACACGGGAGAGAAACCCUAUAAAUGUCCUGAGUGUGGGAAGAGUUUCAGUAGCAGCUCUCACCUUAUUCAGCAUCACAGAUCACAUACAGGUGAAAAACCAUAUGAAUGUCCAGUUUGUGGGAAAUGCUUCAGCCACAGUUAUGUCCUAGUAGAACAUCAGAGGACCCACACUGGAGAAAAACCUUAUAAGUGCCCCGACUGUGGGAAGAGUUUUAGUCAGAGUUCUAGUCUGAUUCGCCACCAGCGGACACACACAGGUGAGAAGCCCUACAGAUGUCCUGAGUGUGGAAAAAGCUUUGGUUGCAAUUCUACUCUAAUAAAGCAUCAGAGAAUACAUACAGGAGAAAAACCUUAUCAGUGUACAGAAUGUGGGAAGAAUUUCAGUCGAAGUUCAAACCUUAUUACACACCGGAAGAUGCACACAGGUGAGAAAUCCUAUGAAAGGUCUGAAUAUGAAGAAAGUUUGAGUCAGAACUGCAGUGUGAUAGACAAAUGCAGAAUCCAGCCAGGAGAGAAACCAUAUAAAUGUUGUGAAUGUGGAAAGAGUUUUGGCCUUAGCUCCCACCUCAUAAGACAUCAGAGAACACAUACAGGAGAAAAACCUUACAGAUGUUCUGAGUGUUGGAAAACUUUUAGUCAGAGUUCCACCCUGGUGAUUCACCAAAGGACGCACACAGGAGAGAAACCUUAUAAAUGUCCUGACUGUGGUGAGUGCUUCAGUCAAAGCUUUAACCUUAUCAGGCAUCGGAGGACCCACAUAGGAGAAAAACCUUACAAAUGUACUGACUGUGAGAAAUGCUUCAGCAGAAGUGCCUACCUCAUUCAGCAUCAGAAAAUUCAUAUAGAAAAGUCUUUUGCGUCUCCUGAAGUUGAAGAUUUUCCUCAUGAAUGGACUUGGAAAAACUGUUCUGGGGAAAUGGCUCUUAUCUCUUCAUUUUCAGUCCCAAAUUCAUCUCCCUCCUGAGUCCCAAAGUCUGUUUUUUUUUUUUUUUUUUCUUUCUUUUCUUAUCGGAGCAUUACAAUUAAGGUGUUCUCUGAUCACAGGGUUAUAAAAUUUCUUUGGUUUGUUUGCCAAAACAUUUGGGAAAAGUCAACCUCCCAGCUUAGAGGUUGGGAAGACCCAGAUCAUCAGGUCAUCAGAUCUGCCCAGUGAGAGAUACUGUCAAUGUUGGAGAGAAAGAAGAAUAUUUUUUAUUUAAGGUAAGAUAGGAAUAGCUCCAAAGAAAAACAUGGAGAGAAAUCCUGGGAGACUGAAGAUGAGAUUGUCAUUGAAUUUCCUUAUUUCCUGUUACCUGAUUGGGUGGCAACAAAUCAUUACUGUCCUCGGGGAUUUACCCAGACAAAGAUUCCUUUUGAACAAAUAAUGUGAUUUCCUGGCUAUUUUGUUGGGUCUUAAGGAAGAAAAGACUAAUUUUUUUUUCAAAUGUGUUUUUAUUUGCUGAAAAUUAACUUUUACAGUAUCUGGAACUGCACUGUCUGGUACAAUAGCCAUUAGCCACGUGUGGAUAUUUAAGUUUAAGAUGAAAUGAAAUUUAACAUUGACUUCCGUAGUCACACAAACCACUUGCUGAGUGCUCAGUAGCCACACAUGACUGGUGGCUGCUGUAUUAAAUAUCACAAAUAGUUCUUUCAAGAUCAUCAUUCUUGACAGAUCUAGUUCCUAUAAGACUGUAAGAAAUGUGCUCUGGGGUUUCUGCUCUCCAAGAGGAAUUUCAAUAUAGAAUAGAAAUGGUAUAGAGUUGUUUUUAUUUUUUUAAUUUUGGCCGUGCUGUGUGGCUUGUGGGAUGUUAGUUCCCUGACCAGGGAUUGAACCUGCCUCCUUGGCAGUGAAAGCGUGGAAUCCUAACCACUGGACCGCCAGGGGAUUCCCUGGGAUAGAGUUUUGAAGGCACUCAGUCCAACAGUUGGCUAUUCUGAUGAUUGUAUGUUUUAUAUUCGGCCAUCUCAGUCAUCUAGUGACAUGAUCCCAUUGUCUUGGCCAAAGCCAGAUUAGGACAUAGGAUUCUUGAAUUCUUUUUUAAGGUUUUCUGUCAAAUGGUCCUUUCCCCUCAGUUUUACUAUUCUGUAAGUCCUCAUCAGAUCAGAAACUGGGUUCUUUUUCUAAUAAUUAACUCACUGAGUCUGAGCCAGUGUCCAGGGACAGUUUGCCAUUGGAGCCCCAAAUUCCUUAGUUCCGACCUUGAUAAUUUUCUUUUGCCCUUUGGCUUAUGUGGUGUGUGGAUCUGGUAACUGAGACAUAAUCCUCCCUGCUCGUCUGUCCAAUGGGAAUGGUGCUUUGUAAAGUAUUAAGACAUUCCCUAUGCCCCCACCUCCAGUUCUUCCUGCAGUGCAAAAAGUAGAUGUGCAGGAAGAUCAGGACUUGCCUAGGAUUUCAUCUUUUUUUUGGAGUCAAAAAUAUAUUUUAUGAAGAAUAGGUAGAGAUGCAUAUUAGGAAUGUGGAGCCAGAAGGGGCCAAUUACAGCUGCUGCAAAGGGCUGUAGAUUACUGGUGGGUAGCUGAAUUGCAUGGGGAUUAUUUCUUUCGUGAUUGUGGUGCCCCUGAUACUGGCGAGGCAACUGUGUCUUUCUAUAUUGUGAUAGGAUUUAAAAAUGAAGCAAAAGCUAACAAAGGUAUUCAAGAAGUCUUUGGGGGUGAUUUUCUGCUUUCAGAAAGGGGGAGAACAUUAUUGGGCAUCAUUGGCUUUAAUGUGACCCUUACCUAAGCAUACUUUUACCUAUGUAUGUUACAUAGUAUUACCCAAAUUGUCUUAAACUGUAAUAUCUGAGGAUAAGUGUUCAUAGUAUUUUUUACCACAGACAACUGAGAGUUUGAUUAAUGUUUGAUAAGAGUUUGAUUAACGAUCAGUUGCAAGGCAGUAGCUGAUGAGGUGGUGUGCAAUCAUUGAUCCCAUUAUGUGUGGCAAGUAACCACUCUGAACCUGUUUCCUCAACUGUAAAGCAGAGAUAAUGCCUACCUUGUGGGGUUUCGGUAAGGGUUAAAUAAAUGUAAAGCAGCUAACACAGUGCUUAAAAUAUAAUGGAUCUAAAUAAAUGGUAAUUGGUUAUUAUUAAUGGAAACAAAUUGAAAAAUAUCCUCCACACAUUUUCAGAAGCAGCAAUACAGCCCCAAGCUUUCCUACUUGGGGAUUCUUUAUGACAAACCUCAGGAACUCUGAGGAAACAGGUAGUAUAAAAACAGAAGACUAUAUUGUGUUUUAAGUUUGCAGACUGUUGAAAACACUUUUAUUUGAUUCAGCUAAUUGAAUUUUUUUUGUUGUUGUUCAUGAAACAAAGGAUUCUCUUUAAGUCAGGAAAGAACAAAACAGCAAGUUCAAUUUCAGUUAAUUUGCAUCUGAAAGAGAUUAACAAUUGGUACAAUUUAUGUCUUAUCACCAUCCCUACACUAUGUUUUAUGACUGCCCACAAUUAUAUAAAAUCUACUGCACAAACCUCGAUGUCUGCAGGAGCAUAGACAUUCACAUUUUAGAUGGGUUAAGAUGGGCUUUAUUAGUAAAACAAUUAGUAAAACAAUGAUUCUUACAAGAAUCAUUGUCUCUUUGGAUUAGAAAUUAGGAAAACAGAAGAGAGAUUUGUCACCUACAAUGGAGAAUUUAACAUAGUCAAAUUUAAUCCUAUUAGAUGCCUUUGCCUCACUUUCAUUAAUCAGCGAAUACGUUCUUUGUUUAGCUCCCGAAGAAGUAAAUAUUCUGUAUUCUCUAUUUUUCUUGCCAGCACACAGGAUUCAACAUCUGAUUAAA